CGAGAUACAGUCCUUUAUGGAUACAGACUACAAAUCAGUUGAUACUGUGCCGUACGAGUAUCAUCCAAGCGAGAUAUGCACACGUCCUGCUAGCGCUGUGAUCCACGAGGCUACGCCAACGAAAACAUUUGAGACAAAAUUGUCGCAAUGCCGGACGACGAAGAGAAAGCAGGCGCCGACGCUUCUUUGUCGGCUGCCGCCGAGGAUCCCCGAAAACACAGGAUAAAAAACGCAAGUAUUUUCAACUUUGUGUAUCCAAAGCACGUUACCGACAAGUACAAGCUCCUCGACGCUAUUGGUCGAGGGACUUUCGGGUUGGUGCGCAAGUGCCAACUCAUCGAAACGGGAGAAGAGUUUGCGCUGAAGGCGAUUCUGAAAAAGAAGGUACCCGACGUCGAGUUGCUCAAAACAGAGAUCACCAUUUUGUUAGAAGUCGACCACCCGCACAUCAUCAAGCUUUACGACGUGUACGAAGACAUCGACAAUGUUUACCUUGUAACGGAGCUCUGCACCGGCGGUGAGCUCUACGACCGGGUUGUUGAAAAAACCAACUCUCCGGAGGGACACUUUAGCGAGUUUUGUGCGGCCAGGAUUAUCAGGAACAUUUUGUCGGGGAUUCGGUACUGUCACGAAGAGAAGGAUAUAGUUCACAGAGAUUUGGUAGGUCGAUCAAUCUUGCUGAUUUCUGGAUUGUCGAAACAACAGACAUCCAACCGUCGCAUGUGUGGGCUCGAAAAAAAAGAAAACGAAUACAAAACCAGGGACAAAAACAAAAACUGCAUGCCGUACCCAGCCAUAUCCAAUGCUAUUGUGAAGUUGUGAAUAUCGCAAACCGAUUAACCUCACGUGUUCAUGCGACUGAUAUUUUCUUUCUGAUGUUCGCAGAAACCAGAAAACUUUUUGCUCACGGACAGCACCGAUGAUGCAAAGGUAAAGGUAAGAUUGACCACUCCCACCACCCAUUUGAAAAAGAAUGAUGCAAACGUCGAAGUAAUUGCAGCAAUCUUACAUCACAAAUCCUUUCUUUAUCCUGAAAUAUACUUACCUCAUAGAUUAUUGAUUUCGGGUGAGUCAAUUUGGGUUGAUACUUUUUUGAGAAAUUCUUCCUUUGCCAAUGCAUUUAAAUUCAUCGUGUACUAACAAGCGAUUGAUGAAUGAUAGGUUGAGUACGCACGCAAAAAUAUCAUCAGUAAUGCACGAUCAAGUUGGAACGAUCUAUUAUGUGGCACCUGAGGUUCUCUCCGGAGUGAGUUUGACAUCGUAGUUGAAGUCCCUUUGAAUUACAUUGUGACUCAUUUUAUUCGGUCCAUCGUUUAAUGAUUUACAGAGCUACAACGAGAAGGCUGAUAUCUGGUCAAUAGGAGUCGUAGCUUACGUAAUGCUCUGCGGAUACCCUCCCUUCAACGGUGGUACUGAAUUCCUCACUUGGGAUCUGGUGAAAGCCGGUGAUGUAAUCUUCCCUUCUGCCUCCUGGGAUCACAUAUCCGAGGAAGCAAUAUGUUUCAUCAAACGACUAUUGGAGUUCAACCCCGACAAACGACCAUCCGCAUCCGAAGCCCUGCAAGAUCCCUGGUUAAACCAGAAAAAGGUGCAGCCACUCGGACUUGCCUGGGCGUCUAGCUUCAUCCCGAAAUUGUCUCGCCUCGCAUCUGACGUCGAAGAUGCACGCGACGUGAAGCAUCUGGAUCACGAGAAAAAAUCUAUAUUCGCCGGAUUUUUAAUGAAACGCAAAAGUGAGUUGGUACACAGCUCAUUAUUCUUGUUUGAAUUCAGAAAAAAAUCUGAGUUGAAUAUCGACGCUGAACUCGUGUUUUUUGCCAUUAUUGUCAUUCUGUCCUACAGGCGAAAAAGAACUUUGUUAGGCAGGGGUGUAGAUUUUGAUGAUUUGCUCUCUACUCCUUGUUAUUCCUAUUCCAAUUAAAUAACACUCACGAGCUCGUUCUGUAGCUGCAUUGAAUUGUAAAUGCUGCGAUGUGACGGYACUUGAAUUAAAUCUUUUCUAGUUA